AGAGACCGAUCCCCACCAGAGUUCCAAUGGACAGGAGCUGGCAGGCUCCCCCCUUCUCCUCCUCUGCCCUAUGGCUAUUCCUACGGAGUCGUGCCCUAUCCUCCAAUGUGGAUAUACCAGACGGCAGCUGCCUACGGCAACCUGGUGCGGCCUCAGCCCCACGUCCGAGCGCCCAGAGCCAACUGCCUGUGUGCCGACCCCUCUGCAAGGACAAGGUCUCUCCUAGGACUUGCAUACACACACAGCCCCAUCAAUAAUCUGUCUUGGAGGACUGGCCCCUGUAAGAUAAAGAGGGUCAGGACCGUUUUCACUCCAGAGCAAUUAGAGAGGCUGGAGAAAGACUUUAUUAAACAGCAAUACAUGGUUGGCACAGAACGGGUUGACCUAGCAGCUGCUCUGAACCUUACUGAGACUCAGGUAAAGGUUUGGUUCCAGAAUCGUCGUAUUAAAUGGAGAAAACAGAGCAUGGAACAGAAAAAAGCUAAAUUGUCUCAGUUUGGUGUCAUCUCCCCUGACAACUCUGAACACACAGAUGAAAAAGAGAUGGAGGCGGAUGAUGUUGAUCUUGACAUCUGA